GACAAGUUUAGUAAUCAGAAUUUUUCAAUUGACUCAGCAGGUGAAAAAGGUCAUUCGGAUUCGAAACAAAACAAUAAUAAUAAAAUAAUUAUAUUUUCAUACCUAAUAAAUAAAAUAUUGGAAUUAUUUUAAAAAAAUACUAAGCAAUCGAAUUUUCAACACAAUUUUAAUGCUAUAAAUAAAUUUUAUAUUUUAAAUAACAAAAUAUAUGUACAUAUUUCAUAUAUUUUAUAUUAAUAUAUCACAUAUUUAUAUACACAUUACGUUAAAAAACGAAUAAAAAAAGAACUGAGCUAUAGAAAAUAAAACAACAAACAAAAGGAAAUAAUUACAUCGAUAAAGUUUAUUAACUUUAAAAUAAAAUAAAAAUAAAUUUUCCUCUCAAAGUAAUAUAAAAAAAGACGGCAAAAUAGGACUAUCGGAGACUGCAGUAAUGGAUAUAAUGGCAGCAAAUUUGCAACAGCAAAGGGCGAUUGUGGAACAGCUUAGAAGAGAGGCUGGUAUUUCAAGAUUACCAGUUUCGGAAGCAUGUAGCGUAAUGAUGAAAUAUAUAUCGGAACAUGAAAAUGAUGAUUGUCUUUUGAAUGGUUUUUCAAGUCAAAAGGUGAAUCCAUUCCGAGAAAAAAGUACAUGUCAAAUACUUUAAAUUUAAUAAUUUUUCUGAAAAUUUGAACGGAAAUGCAUAUUGAAAAUUGCAGUCUGUCCAUUUUCCACAAAAAAAAAAAAAUUAAACAAUUUAUAUUUAUAAAAUUAUACUUUUUAGUUUUAAUUUUUAAAAAAAAAAAUUCUUAAGCUUAAAAUUUUAAAUUGUAUAUUUGGAAAAUUUUUAAUGAAAUUAAAAUUCUGAUAUAGCAAAAAUAAUUGUAGCAAUAUAAAAUUAAAGAAAAAAAAAACAUUAAAGAAUUUAAUUAAAAAAAAA